GGCGGUGGAAUUCGUUCAAUCAGCAUAAUGGCCCCGAAACGCAAGGCGUCCGCGCUCGAGAGUGCCGCGAACAAGAAGAAGGAGCUCGAGGAGGUGCUUACCCCCGUGGACCUCACGCUUAAGCCUGCUGGCGGGUACAUCAACAAGCAGCGUGUGUUGGUUUUUGCGUCCCGAGGUAUCACGACGCGAUACCGCCACUUUCUCGACGACCUCCGCAAGCUCCUCCCACAUCACAAGAAAGAUGUGAAGCUCGAUGCGAAGGACACCCUCCACGUCGUGAACGAAAUCGCCGAAAUUAAAGGGUGCAACAACACGGUGUUCCUCGAAGCUCGCAAGAAGCAAGACUUGUACAUGUGGGUUUCCCGUACCCCGACCGGGCCGUCAGCGAAAUUCCUUGUCCAAAACGUGCACACGAUGGACGAACUCAAGAUGACAGGCAACGCACUCAUGGGGUCACGGCCCCUGCUGACGUUCGACGCCGCAUUUGACGAAACGGCCCACAUGCAGUUGAUCAAGGCCAUGUUCAUCCAAGUGUGGGGCACGCCAAAAGGCCACCCAAAGAGCAAGCCGUUCAUCGACCGCGUCAUGAGCUUCUAUUUUGCAGACGGCAAGAUUUGGUGUCGCAACUUCCAGCUCGCGGACGAGGCCGACACAAAAAAGUUGGAACAGGCGGCGCUUCACCGCGGCGAAGAGCUGACCAACCUCAUCGAGAUCGGCCCUCGUUUCGUCAUGACCCCCAUCCGCAUUUUCGACGGCAGCUUCGGCGGCGUUACGCUGUACCAGAAUCCCCACUACGUCGCGCCCAACGAGACACGCAAGCAUGCCAAGUUCGACAAGCGCGACAAGUACGUGGCCCGAAAACUCGCCGAGGAUUCGCGUGCGAGCCGCAACCAGAUCAAUGUCCACCCCGAAGAUCAGUUCGCCGACGUCUUUGCCGGCGCCGCCUCCCCCUAAGCUAACGUGUACCUCUCAAUUGUUUCGA